UGAGGGAGCAUGCGCACUGUAUGCCUUUGCGCUUCCUCUAACUCGUUCAUAAUGGUGGUGCGGCUUGCUCAACUACACUGACAGGCUUUUUAAACUUCAAAACCUUCAUUUUUUCGAUUGGUUUGAUCACAGUAGCACAGAUUAGACUGGCUAGCAGCUCUCUGGUGAAACCGUUACUGGAAUGCUAGAGACUGAGUCCCCUGCUAUGGAGAGCAAUGGGAAUGCGUUUGUUCCUGACCUUCCAGUCCUGGACCAAGGAAGCGAAUGGUCCAUGGGUCAGCCCCCAUCCGAGAACUCGGAUGCUGCGGGCCAAGAGCAGCACGUGAACUCCUCGGAGCUGGGGUCUGUGGAAAAGGGUGUGGAGCAGUGUCAACUCGCCAGUGCCCAGCUCCCCCAGGAGGCCCAGCCACCACCGCCACCUCCACCCCCACCACUUCCCACAGAGGAACCAGAGCCGGCAACUGCACCAGAAGACUCCCAGCCAGAGGCACCCGUACCGCCUGAUCAUGAAGUGACAGAUACGACAGUGAUGGCGGAGGACGGCAUGGAGCUGGAGGAAACGGCCAAAGAUGCGACUCAAGAAUCAGUUAUUCCUGCAGAGCCAGAGUUGCCGUCAGAGUUCGACAGACUCUUUAAAUCGUGUGAGGAGAACCCAGAAGACUUCAAUGCGUGGGUCGCACUGCUGCAAUAUGUGGAGCAGGAAAACCUGCUUGUUGGUGCGAGGAGGGCUUUUGACACGUUUUUCCUGCGUUAUCCAUACUGCUACGGAUACUGGAAGAAGUAUGCCGACUUGGAGAAAAAGAACGGAAACAUCCAGGUUGCAGAAGAGGUCUACAGACGAGGUCUUCACGCCAUCCCUCUCAGCGUAGAUCUGUGGCUUCAUUAUCUCACCUUCAUCAAAGAGAACUCUGAUCCCAACGACCCGGAGACGGAGGGACGCAUUCGAGCUUCCUACGAUCAUGCGGUGAUGGCUGCCGGCACAGAUUUUCGCUCUGACCGCUUGUGGGAGUCGUACAUCACCUGGGAGACGGAGCAACAGAAGCUGGCGAACGUCACGUCCAUAUACGACCGCGUGCUGGGCAUCCCAACUCAGCUGUACUCGCAGCACUUCCAAAGGUUUAAGGAGCACGUGCAGGGCAACCACCCCAAAUACUUCCUGUCAGAGGAGGAGUUUGUCCAGCUGAGGCUCGAGCUCUCCAAAGCCAGUCUGUCCGCUGUUCAGACUGAAGACGGGGAGCCGAGCGCCCCAACCGAGGAGUUGCCUCCUGGAACGGAGGAUCUGGCGGAUCCCGCGAAGAGGGUGACGGAGAUCGAGAACAUGCGGCACAAGGUGAUCGAGGUGCGGCAGGAGGUGUUCAACCACAACGAGCACGAAGUCAGCAAGCGCUGGGCGUUCGAGGAAGGGAUCAAGCGGCCAUACUUCCACGUCAAAGCUUUGGAGAAGACCCAGCUGAACAACUGGAGAGAGUACCUUGAGUUUGAAAUAGAAAACGGGACGCCGGAGCGCGUGGUGGUUCUCUUUGAACGAUGCCUCAUCGCCUGCGCUCUCUAUGAGGAGUUCUGGAUCAAGUAUGCAAAGUAUAUAGAGGUCUUCAGCAUUGACGGCGUGAGGAACGUCUACAAGAGGGCGUGCACCGUCCACCUGCCCCGGAAGCCUGCCAUCCACCUGCUGUGGGCGGCGUUUGAGGAGCAGCAGAACAUGGUGGAGGAGGCUCGGGGGAUCCUCAAGACCCUGGAGGCGACCAUCCCCGGUCUGGCCAUGGUGCGUCUUCGCAGAGUCAAUCUGGAGCGUCGCCACGGUAACCUGGAGGAAGCAGAGACGCUACUAAAAGAGGCGAUGGAGCAGGGGAGAGACGUCACAGAGAUGUCCUUCUAUGCCGUGAAGCUGGCCCGGCACGUGAUGAAGGUGCAGAAGGACCCGAGCAAGGCUAAGAAGAUUCUGCUGGAGGCUCUGGAGAGAGACCCGACAAAUUCCAAGUUAUAUCUGAACCUCCUGGAGAUGGAGUGCAGCGGAGACGUGACCCAGAACCAGGCGGAGGUUCUGGUCUGUUUCGACCGAGCGAUCCGGAGCCCCAUGCCUCUGGACACCCUGGUCCUGUUUGCUCAGCGGAAGGUGGAGUUCCUGGAAGACUUUGGCACGGACAUCAACACGCUGGUAGCUGCAUAUGAAGAACAACAAAGACUACAAAGAGAAAGCGAUUCUGCAAAGAGGAAAGCAGAGAACGGAUGUGACGACUCUCUGGAACCAGAUGCUAAAAGGCAGCGAGCAGACGACGGCUCUGUAGUCGCAGCAAAUUCAAUGACCGACAUGACGGCGAACAACUCUGCCUACAACUACAACUGGUACCAGCAUUACGGCGCCUGGGGACAGAACUCCUGGGGACAGUACGGCCAGUACAACCAGUACAACCAGUACUACCCCCCUCCUCCCACAUGAUAGACACAGCCGACGUGAAGACCCAGGCCUCCUCAAACCUUUUUGAACAUUGAAAUAGUUGGUUAUCAAGAAACCGUCUCUUUCAACCCCCAAACUGCACAGCAUGAUUUUCAUUUCUCCUCCCACUUCUGUUGAGUAGUUGAACCCAGAAGCUAAAAGCUCAUUCUGGCUUGGUUUAGAACAGGUUUUGAAGACUGGUAUAAUUCUUUUGCAGUUUAUUUUCCAAAAACCCUUUUCAGGAAAUGAGUGGUGUUUUGAAGGGAGAUCAAUAUUUCAGUGGUUAGCUUUAUCUUUUUUGUUUUUGUUUUGUUUUUUUUAGAUCCAAUUGGUUAGUUUUUGUCUUUUUAGAUUCAAACCCACUACUGAUGUUUGAGUCUUGGUUUCUUCCACAUUGGUACAAUUUUAAUAUGUUGGUUUCUCCGGACAAAGAAGUUUUUCUUUUCCUUUUUUUUUUUUUUUUUAAAGGUUAUUUCAUAAUAAAGAGAUUGCUAUCUUCAA